CACCGCAGUUACCGGGUUUUGACAAAUCAAACGCACUCGCUGCUGUGUUUUGUUGUUGUUUUUCAGCGGUGUAUCGUGUUUGGCCUGUCAAAUCGUGUGGCUUUUCCCUGGAAGAGACGAAACUGGGAUAAGAGGGAUGCACAUGACUAAAAAGACAAGGAACACAAUGAGACCACCAUCACAAGCUCAGUCAUCUCAUGUGCGCAGUUUAGUAUUUGAAGGUGUCUACAACAAUGCCCGUAUGCUGCAUUUUCUCACAGCGGUUGUGGGUUCCACCUGUGAUGUGAGAGUGAAAAAUGGAACAGUGUAUGAGGGCAUAUUCAAGACUCUGAGCUCACAGUGUGAGCUGGCUGUGGAUGCUGUUCAUAAGCGCGGUAAUGGAGAUGGAGGAGGAGGAGGUGACGAAGGAGGGGGAGAAAACCAAUCAUCUCUGCCCAGAAUUGAGGAUAUCACUGACACCAUGAUUUUCAGCCCAGCUGAACUAGUCACUAUGACAUGCCGGGAUGUUGACCUCAACUUUGCUGUAAGAGACACGUUCACUGACUCAGCCAUUAGCUCAGCACGGUUGAAUGGGGAGCACAGAGAGAAGGUGCUGCAGAGAUGGGAUGGAGAUGGAAUUGGAGAAAACUUUGAGCUGGAGUCAGACAUUUCAAAUGGCUGGGAUGCUAAUGAGAUGUUCAAGUUUAAUGAGGAGACUUAUGGCGUCAAGUCCACUUAUGACUCCAGCCUCUCCAUGUACACGAUGCCUAUAGAGAGAGGGAACUCUGAGGUUUACAGACAACGAGAAGCACGUGCAGCUCGUUUAGCCAGUGAGAUCGAGGGCAGCCUACAGUACCGCCGGCGGGUUUCUUUAGAGAAUGACGAAGGCAGGUGUGAAGAGGAAAAAUACAGCUCUGUGGUCAGAGAGAGAGAGGACAGGGCCAGUCCUGGAUUCUCUUCCUCCAGCAGAGACGGUAAAUACAUACCUCUUCCACAAAGGGCUCGGGAAAUGGGAUUGUCUGCCAGCAGCAUGAGGGGUGUGUCCAGUGGUCGAAGUACUGCAUCAACAAGCUCCAGACACCCUCCGCCUAGCUCCUCUUCACCCAAACCGUCUGCUGAUGGGAGCAGCCCUCUGUCUGUUAGAACUUCCUUCUCUUCCCAUCAAACUCAGGGCAGCCCACCUGCAGCCAGCAGUCCACCCUGCACCAAUCACAUUCUUCCACAGUCCCUUUCACAUCCACCGGCACUUUCCGACGCAGUUAAUGGAAUCGCCUCGAGAACCUCCCCAAAAUCCCAAAGACUUCAGAGCAGCAGAAAUCUACGAACCCUAAACUCCCAGUCCUCACCUGCAGCUUCUCGUCCUCCAAAACCAGAUGCCCCUCAUCAGGACCUCCCCCAUCUUGGUUCUACCUACCUGGAGUCUACCAUGUCUGCUGACACAACAGCAAGUCCCCCUGCCACCAAACCCCCUGGCCCAACCCCACUCUUCCCUGUGGAUGUAAAUGAAAUUCUUAGCGCAGCAACUAAAGAUCGAUCAGAAAGUCUUUCCAGUCCACAGGAAGGCAAGAGCAGCAGAGUUUCAUCAAUACAGCAGAGGUCCCAGCUGGAGGAACUACGCAAGUUUGGAAAAGAGUUCAGGCUGCAGCCUAGCUCCUCUCCUUCGGCAAGCUCUGCCUCGGCAGAUCCUCUGCAGCACAGCUCUUCACCACAUGCAGACUCUUCAUCUUCUGCCAGCCCACCCAAACCUGCCACCUCUGCUGCAGAAUUGCAACUAUCUACAGAGGCAGCUCUUCCCACCAUUUCUCCUUCUGCCCUGACUCCCCCAGCUCAAGCUGGCCCCCAAUCCUCAGGGUCAGAGAUAGAUCAGCCUGGAGCAAUGCAAUCAACCCUGACCCCAAGCAGCGGCGAGGAGCCCUGUCCACACAGCAGUGAACGGACAGAGGCUGUGACUGCCGCUGUGGUGCAAGUGAAAAACUCUACACUGAAUCCGAACGCAAAGGAAUUUCUACCCAUAAAAGGAAACUCUAUCUUGAAGCCUGCCUCAACCCCCACACCUCCUCGGCCAACUCCCCCAACUCCCUCUGUGGUUCUGCCUCCUCCAGGCCAGCCUGGAGCCCUCUAUAGCAGCCCAGCUGGACACUACCUAUCCUACGUCUCCCCCAUACCCAUCCAGGGACACUCAAUCCAGGCUCCACAAAUGUAUCAGUACACGGUGUCAACCGUUAACCAGGGCAAAUACCCCAGAGCCAAAGGCCCGGUGGUGGGACCCCGGCUGGAUCACCACACGUCCCCAGCCUCCCCCAUGAUUUCAGCUGCAGCGUCAGCAGCGGGACCCCCUCUGGUGGCUUCACCGUACCCACAGUCGUAUUUGCCAUAUGGUCAAGUGAUUCAGGCAAUGCCCCCACACUACCAUGGCCAGCCUGUUUACUCAGUCCUCCAAGGCGGUGCAAGGUUGUUGACUCCUGGAGCCCCUCCUCAGCCGAUGGGUCCCCCUGGUCCUCAAUAUCCUGGUCAGACUGAGGGCCCAGCAGGCCCACCGCAGGCCAUGUAUACCCCUCAGUCAUUCUCGCACCACUCGGGUUCCAUUCAUCCCCCUCAGCCCUCCAGCACCCCCACUGGGAGUCAGCCCCACACUGCACCAAGUCCAGGACACGCCCAGACAAACCAGGGUGGUCCCCAGCCUCAGUCUAUGUUCCACACCGGAGGACUGUCAGCUCACACUCCUCCUAACCUGCCAACGGGCCACAGCUCUCCACAGACCUCCUACACCAUGCAGGGAUAUGGCCUGCCCGCCCACCAGCCUCUCCCACAUGGCUUCCCGUCAAUCAGCCAGCUCGCACAGGCUCAUGUCACAGCAGGUAUGUCGGGACCUCACCAUUCGGCUGGUCAUGGUCAUCCUCCUGUGAUGCUGCAUUAUGGCCCUCCUCAGCAGGGCAGUGGUUCCAACCCUCAGCACGGGCCACCACCCCAACAGGGAGCGCCACAGCACUUCUACAUAGGGCCUCCUCAAGCUGUUCAGGUUCAGCCUCACCCGACCCAGCAACUGUCCUUCCAUCCCUCUGCAAACUGAAACAGCCUCAUCACAUCUGGAUUCAUGCCGGACAACAGCAUUGCUGCCUGAUUGAAUCUCAAACAUUCCACCUCCUCCUGACACAAAAUUAACACAUCCUCAUUUUUUGCCCAGCUCUUUUAGAGAAGCUGUGAGAAACCUGAAAGUUCUCAAAGGAGGAGUUUCAGUCUAAUUCAAACUGAAAGUUUUCAGGAUUUUAAUAUGCGAGUACAGACUGUUUUCAUACAUGGGCAUGAAGCUGAAGACAAACAAGUGACAACUUUAAACUGACUGCAGUAAAAAUUGUAUUUUUUUCUCACGAUUCCACCUCUGACCUUUUACAGACAAAACCAGUUCAUUAAUAAUAAAACCAUUGAAAAAGAAACUGCAA